AUGAAUUCGCUCACAAGGAGAGCGGCGUUGCAUCUCUUUCGACGCUCGACCACUGCGGUUGUAGCGGCCGGCGGGCUGCCCUUACAGGCGGCGAAGGUUUGCCAUGGCGGGGCGAGAUGCAAAGGCAGCGUUAGCACCAAGAAGCGCGGCUAUGACAUCACUAGGAACCCCCACCUCAAUAAGGGAAUGGCAUUCACCCUGGAAGAGCGCUUGCAGCUGGGCAUCCACGGCCUGCUUCCCCCUUGCUUUUUGUCCCAGGAUGUCCAAGUGCUUCGUGUCAUGAAGAGUUAUGAAACACGUGUCAAUCCUCUCGACAAGUACAUCCUGCUGAUGACGCUACAAGACAGGAACGAGAAGCUCUUUUACCGAGUGCUCACGUCGGAUAUCGAGGAAUUCAUGCCCAUCGUCUACACGCCAACUGUUGGCUUGGCCUGCCAGCAGUAUGGCCUGGCCUUCAGGAGGCCACGUGGACUUUUCAUCACCAUCCAUGAUAGAGGCCACAUUGCAACACUGCUCAACUCCUGGCCUGAAGAGAACAUAAAGGCUAUCGUAGUGACAGACGGUGAGCGUAUCCUCGGGCUAGGGGAUCUGGGCAGCUACGGCAUGGGUAUUCCUGUGGGGAAAUUGGCGUUGUACACCGCCUGUGGCGGAGUUCGGCCACAGCAGUGCCUCCCUGUGUUGCUGGACGUGGGAACCGAUAACCAGAACCUACUCAACGAUCCCCUGUACAUUGGCUUAAAGCAUAACAGAAUCCGCGGGAAGGAGUACGACGAGCUUAUCGACGAGUUCAUGCAGGCCGUGACGGACAAGUAUGGGAUGAACUGCCUGAUUCAAUUUGAGGAUUUUGCCAACAGCAACGCUUUCCGCAUUCUCAACAAAUACAGGAAUCGCUACUGUACCUUCAACGACGACAUUCAAGGCACGGCGUCUGUCGCGGUGGCUGGGUUGUUGGCAGCUUUGAAGAUCACCAAAGAUAAAUUGUCUGACCACAAGUUCGUUUUCCAGGGUGCCGGCGAGGCCGCUUUGGGCAUUGCUCACCUGCUUAUGAUGGCCAUGGCCAAGGAGGGCUUGUCUCGAAGUGAAGCCUCCAAAAGGAUCUGGAUGGUGGACUCCAAAGGUCUCAUUGUGAAGGGUCGAAGUCAUCUGAACCAUGAGAAAGAGGAGUUUGCGCAUGAGCAUCCCCACUUGAGGACCUUGGAGGAAGUGGUGCACACCAUCAAGCCUACUGCCAUAAUUGGAGUCGCAGCCAUUGCAGGCGCAUUCACCGAGAAGAUAAUUAAGGAUAUGGCGGCCAACAAUGAGCGGCCCAUCAUUUUUGCCCUUAGCAACCCCACCAGCAAGGCCGAGUGUACGGCAGAGCAGUGUUACAAUCUUACAGAGGGACGCGGAAUCUUUGCUAGCGGGAGUCCAUUCAACAAAGUGACUCUGGCCGAUGGGCGCUCGUUUUACCCCGGCCAGGGAAACAACGCCUACGUGUUCCCCGGGGUGGCAUUGGGUGUCAUCGCCUGCGGCGUUCGCCACAUAUCCGAUGACAUUUUCCUCACCACUGCAGAGGCCAUUGCUGACAUGGUGACUGAGGAGCAUUUGGCUGAGGGGCGACUCUACCCUCCUCUCAACACCAUCAGAGAGGUGUCCUUUAAGAUUGCUGUCAAGAUUGUCAACUAUGCAUACAAGAAUAACAUGGCGUCGCUAUAUCCGGAACCAAAAGACAAGGAAGCAUUUGUUCUCUCGCAUAUCUACAGCCCAGACUACGAUUCGUUCACACUGGACUCUUACACUUGGCCGCAGGAGGCCAUGAACGUGCAGGAUGUUUGA